AGACUCUAGACUCAAGACUAGGCUAUGAGGUUUGCGCUUAGGGCACGGCGGCAGCACCUCGUCUCCGCUAUUGGAGAGAUGAGGCGCUUUUUUCGCCGUCAUGCUACUAUAACGAGAGCCGCAGUCACGCUACUAGCAUAGAGUAGUACUCUAACGAAGGUUAUUUUUCGCAGUAGAUUAUUCGAGAGGCGCUUUCGUGGAGUCACGCCCGUCCCGCCCCAUGGCGAUCGAAUUCCCCCUUGCGCGCAGUUCAACGAGAGGCGAUUUGCCGCGGGCGCAAUCUUUGCGCCAAUGCGCGGGCGUGCUCGCCGCCCUGUGCUCCGCGCUGCUGGUUAUGGGCGGAUGGUGGCCUCCGGUCGCGGACGCAGGAGUGCCCGUCGCUGACUCAGAUUGGCGCGCAUUAGUCACAAUCCGAGACGCCCUGCAGUUCGCAGUGGCGGACAGGAGCCCCAAGGCGUACUGGAAGAGCGGCAGGGACUGCGAGCUGCUGUUCGGCGUCGUGUGCAAUGGCAAGGGAUCCGUCACUGCACUCACAUUGUACGGAGUGGUGGGGCCGCUUCCCCGAUGCUAUUGGCAACCUCCCCUCCCUCGCUCUCCUGUCAGCCGGCAAUCGAGUCACCACGCUGCCCUCCACUCUCUCGCGCCUCAGCUCAGUCCUCCUCCGCCUUCACCUGAGCAGCAACGCUAUGUCCGGCCCUUUCCCAUCAGUCAUCACCACACUCACUGCCCUGCAGCAGAUCAACAUGGCUCAGAAUCGUCUCACUGGCCCCAUUCCUGUGGGCAUAUCCAAACUUACUGCUCUUACAUUCCUGCGCAUGGACACCAACCUACUGUCCGAGGCCAUCCCACCGCAGAUAUCAACUCUCACUGCUCUCACAUACCUGUCUUUAAGGAACAACAAUUUGACUGGACCCAUUCCCCCUUCGCUUUUGAGAUUGCAAGCUCUGCAGACCCUUGACAUCCGCAGCAACGCACUCACUGGGCCCAUCCCUCUGAGCUAUCUCAACAGCAAUCGACUCACAGGCCCUAUUCCAGCCACUAUUGGCAAGCUAACCCGACUGCGAAACCUCUUUCUUGAUAACAACAAGCUCACUGGUGCCCUCCCUGCCGCCAUAUCAUCCCUCGUGUCGCUCAAUUAUGUCUCUCUAAGUUACAACUCUCUCUCUGGCCCCCUUCCCAACCUUGGAGCUCUAUCAAGCCUCGAAGUGCUCCAGCUCGCCCGCAACAGUCUUUCAGGCGCCCUCCCUCCUUCCCUCUCCGCCCUCACUAACCUAGCCGUGAUAGACAUCUCUUCCAACGGUCUUUCCGGCUCCUUACCUCCCUUCUGCACCCAAGAAAUGCUCGCUCUAAACACGCUCAACCUGUCCACCAACAGCUUGAGUGGCCAGAUCCCCUCCUCCCUCGCCCUCUGCACCUCACUAGUCACUCUGGAUCUCAGUGCCAACGCACUUAGUGGGGUGCCUGCAGACGUCAUCACCGCACUCCCCAAUCUGGCUGCGCUCAACCUGUCAAGCAACUUCUUCACUGGCCGCCUCCCUCCCAUCCCCUCCCUCGACUCUUCCGUGCUCUAUGACGUCUCUUAUAACUACUUCUACGGCCCUGCUGACGUCACUGUAGCAGCCCCCACCGCCACUGGUAACACUGGCAGCGGCAGCAGCAGCAGCGGCGGCGGCAGCAGCAGCAGUGGGAGCGGUGGGAGUGGCGCUAUUAGCAGUGGCGUCAAGCCAAGUGGCGGUGGCACUAUUGGCAGCACCGGCAGCAGUGCUGCUGCUACCACCGUUUGCAAGUCCUCUUUCCCGGAUCCUUCCUCCUUCAGCGUUGCUGGCAACUGCCUGGCGUACGCCAGCUCAGCACAGGUCAGCAUGAGCUGUCCUGCCACCACCACCGACCCGGUCAUGCCCCUGCGCACCUCCCCGUGGGUUUUGUCCUCUGGGAAGCAGACAAAAGCGGCAAGUGGGACCAGGGCAUACGGAAUGCAGCAGGUGCUAGUUCAGCAGGAGGCAGCGCAGCAGCAGUGGUGGCAGUGGUGGGGGAAUGGCGGAAAGGAGGGAAAGAGUGAGGCGCCAAUGUGGCUUGAGGGUGAGGGAGAGGAGAAAGAAGAGGAGAAAGAAGAGGAGGAGCAAGAAUAUAUGGUGAAGGAAGAGAGAGGCGCUAGGAGUGGAAAGAGGACUGGUAAGGGGUCCAGUCUAAGGUCCAGUAACCGCCUGGUUCUUGAAACCACACAAGCAGAAUAUGGGCAAGUAGAACCAAUGCACGCAUCGGCCUAUUCAAGCAAUCGAGCAUCCGUCCUUCGCGACGCUCGAUCCAAACUCCAUAAAUCCCGACCGUUCGAUCCGACAGGGGGGCGUGUUGCAGUGGGCUUAGAGAUAGACAACAAGAGCUGGAGCCCUUUAUGGAGACACGGAGCACUUGAGAACAAGAGGAGGAGCAGUGGGAGUGUGGACAGCAAGACGAGGCAAACAAGACACCACCGAAGAGGCAGGAAGAGAGGCCGUGGUCUUGCAGCUGCUCUUGGCUCUGCAGCCAGUGCAGCAGCCACGCCAGCUGGACCAAUCAGGUUGCUCCAAAUCGAGACCCAACGGGACCCUGCCACGUGCCUGCUCUUCUGCUCGACCAACCAGAUCAUGACAGCUGUCCCCCUAAUACCAGGAGCCAACUCCCAAUGUGGGGGCCUGGGCACGUGUCUAGCGAGCAUCCCGGCUGCAGCAGCACCACCUUCGAAUAAAGGAAGUGUCAAUAAAGGGGGUGCUGCUAAUAAGGCCCCUGGGAAGCAGAGUGGUCGGCUGGUCAGCUUCUCAUGUGGCUGUGUGCCAGGCUUGGCUAUUCCUUCGUCAAAUGGACUCUCGUGCACUGCUCUAGCAAAACCUACUCCUCCUCCCUCUUCUUCUCCUCCUCCUCGCAAGUCACCUCCUCCCCAAGCCGUGCCUAUCACUCCUCCACCUCCCUCACUCUCACCUCCCUCACAAUCUUCUCCUCCCCCUUUCCUCCCUCCCCCUCUCCUUCCCUCUCCUCCCCUCCCUCACUCCCCUCCUCCCUCAUCACCGUCCGCCUCCCAACCCUCCCCUCCCCAUCCUCCUCCCCUUGCAUCUCCCCUAGACACACCAGACAGCCCUCCUCCUCCCCUCCCUCACUCGCCUCCUCCCUCAUCACCGUCCGCCUCCCAACCCUCCCCUCCCCAUCCUCCUCCCCUUGCAUCUCCCCUAGACACACCAGGCAGCCCUCCUCCUCCCCUCCCUCACUCGCCUCCUCCCUCAACACCCUCCUCCUCCCAGCCGUCUCCUCCAUAUCCUUCCCUCUCCUCCUCACCUCCUCCUCUCCUCCCCUCCUCACCUCCUCCUUCCCUGCAAAUUGAGAGUCAAGAGCAGCCCAACCCACCCCCAUCCACCUCCGGUUCCCAGCAGCUCCAACCCCCUCCUCCUGCUCUUGCUUCCCCGGCUCCCUCACCGCCUCCAUCACUGACUGGCUCGAUACCAUCCCCAUCCCCUCCUGAUGCUGACUCGUUCCUAACUUCAUCACUAUCCCCACCACCAUCACCAUCGUUACUAUCACCAUCACCACCAUUACCAUCACCAUCAUUUUUAUCACCAUCGUCAUCACUAUCACCACCACCACCAUCGCCACCACCACCGCAUUCAGAAGCAUCAACUUUUAAUGUGCAAUAUUCUCCUCCCCUUACCACUGACUUGUCACAAUCCCCCCCUCCCCCUACCACAGACUCGUCACAAUCCCCCCCUCCCCCUGCCACUGACUCGUCACAAUCCCCCCCUCCCCCUACCACAGACUCGUCACAAUCCCCCCCUCCCCCUACCACAGACUCGUCACAAUCCCCCCCUCCCCCUGCCACUGACUCGUCACAAUCCCCCCCUCCCCCUACCACAGACUCGUUACAGUCCCCCCCUCCCCCUGCCACUGACUCGUCACAAUCCCCCCCUCCCCCUACCACAGACUCGUCACAAUCCCCCCCUCCCCCUACCAAUGACGCAUCACCAUCCCCACCCCCCACCGCAUACCUACCACCUCCACCAGCAACACCUUCACCAGCAACACCUUCACCUGAUUCCACCUCACUCCCAUCCCCUCCUCCUCCCAGCCUUCCCUCAGCCAGCCAACCACCACCACCGCUGCCACCAAUGCCCGACAUAUCCUCGCUCUCCCCUCCUCGUCUCUCCGGCUCGUUUGAGUCGACUCAGCAGCCCCCUCCUGUCUCCAGCUCCUUAUCUCCCUCUCCACCUUCACCACCCUUCCCUGGCACAGCUCUACCCCCCCCUAUCUCAGGCUCCAUACUCUCAAGCCCUUCUAGCACAAGCCCCCCUCCCCCGAGCCCACCUCCCCCAAGCCCACCUCCUCCCAGUCCGCAUAGUCCUCCCCCUCCCAGCUCUCCGCCCCCAAUCCUCCCCCUAGACCACCAGCUCCCCCUCCCCCUGAAACAUGCCGGUGGAAUGGGUCUAAGUGGGUGUGUCCUCCAGGACAAGCUCCUCCGGUUUAAUCAUGUAAAGUAGACAAAUUGUGUGACUAAUGAAGCUUAGGUAGUUAAUGAUAACAAUGGUUUUGUGCCAAUGGUUUGUAUAUGGUUUUAUGGCUUUGUGCUGUUGAAGCACAACGGCACGCCGUAU